GUGCAUAAUCGAGCGGCCGUCGUCAGUCGUACGCGGCGCGACAGCCGCGUCGCACGCCGUCAUCAAUCACGCGAGGCGAUCACUGGCGAUUGACGGGCGCGGGGUAUCGGCCGCGAUCGGGGCAUCGAUCGUGAUUAGAGCUGACGUGGCCGGGACGGCGACCGUCGGCGGGAUGAGCGCGGAGUUGGGUGCGCCGGCCCUGGUGCAGGCGCUGCGGGCGCACACCGGGGAGGUGUCGUGUUGCGCGGCUCACGGCGCGCGGCUGGCCACGGGCGGCGGCUCGGCGCUGCGGCUGUGGCAGUGGCGCGCGGGCGCGGGCUGGGCGCUAGCGGGCGAAGCGCGCGCCGCGCACCGCUUCGGCGUGACGUGCGCGCGCUGGGCGCCGAGCGGCGCGCUGCUGGCGUCGUGCGGCGUGGACGGCGCGCUGCGCGUGUGGUGCGGGCGGCGGCUGGCGGCGCGGCGGCUGCUGGUGGCGGGCGGCGCGGCGGCGGCGCGCGCGCUGUGCUGGGCGGGCGGGCUGCUGCUGGCGGGGCACGACGACGGCAGCGUGCGCGUGUGGGCGGUGGGGCCGGCGCGUCUGCUGGCGCGCCUGCAGCCGCUGGAGGGCGCGGUGCACGCGCUGUGCGCACCAGCGCGUCACGCGCUGCUGCUCGUCGCCUGCACCGAGGGCGUGCUCAGGGUCUUCGAUCUCGAUGAAGUUUGCCGCGGUGGUACCGAGCAAGGCGCGGGCCCGGCGCCGCUGCUGGCCGAGUGCGGCGCGCACGACCUGGGCGCGCUCAGCGCGGCGCACAGCGAGGACGGCGCCAUCGCCGCAACCGGCGGCCACGACGCCGCCGUGCGGCUGUGGUGGGUGCAGGGCCGAGGCCGAGAACGGCGCGUGGUGGCCGGCGCGCGUCUAGAAGGGCACACCGCGGCGGUGACGGCGCUGGCGUUCGCGCGCGGCGUCCUGGCGUCCGCCUCGCUGGACCGCACGGCGCGCCUAUGGGCGCCCGCCGUGCCCGCCUGUCUGCACGUUCUCCAUGCGCACCCGCGCUACCUCACCUGCCUCGCACUCGCGCACGACCUCUCCUACCUCGUCACCGGCUCUAACGACAAGUCGAUCCGCAUGUGGGGGCUGCGCGGGCUGUCGCUGGAGGAGGAGCUGGUGCUGCCGUGCGACGGGCUCGCGCACUUCGCGCUGGGCGACUUGCAGGGCAUCAGUCAGUUGGACGACGACGAGCUGGUGGAGCUGGACGGAGUGCAGGAGAAGGAGGGGGAGGGUGAGGAGGGCGGCGAGCGCGCGGGGGGCGCGCGGCUGUCGUGGCGAGGGCGCGUGCACGCCGGCGCCGUUAACUGCGUCGUCGCGCAAGGAGAUCUGCUCGCCACAGCUUCUAGUGACGGUCUGGUGAAAGUAUUGCGCUGCGCCAGCGGCGCGCUGGAGGAGCUGCACGUGCUGGACGCGCACCAGUACCCGGCGCAGACCGCCGCUUGGGGGCAGGGCGUGUUGUUGAGCGGCGGGCUGGACGGACAGGCCGUGCUCUGGGACACACAGGCAGGAUGCCGGCUGCGCACGCUGUCGCUCGGCGCGAGCGUGGGCGGCGGCGACGCGGGCGGCGGCGGCGUGCGCGGCGCCGCCGUGUCGCCGCACCGCCCGCCGCUCCUGCUGCUGGCCACGGACGAUGGCCUCGCGCCCGUGUGGGGCCUCGACGACGGCCCGAAGCCUAUACAUGUAUACCUGGUGGGGGAGGCGGCGGGCGCGGCGUGGUGCGUGAGCUGGGCGCCGGGCGGCGCGGCGGCGGCGCUGGGCGGCGCGGGCGGCGAGCUGCGCGUGCUGGCGCCGCCGCCGCCGUACGACCAGCCGCGGCAGCUCGCGCUAGUGCCCGACGCGCACGACCUAGGUGUAACGAGUUGCGAGUUUGCUCCGUCUGCGUCGGCGGUGGGGCUCGACGCGGAGGUGGCGGGCGUGCUGAGGCUCGUGCUGGCCACCGCGGGAGGCGACUCGCUUAUUAAACUCUGGAUCGUUGAUCUCGAUGUGGAAACGGAAGGCGGUUCAGCGCGCCUCCAGCUGGCGCGCCUAGUGGGCGCGCACGGCAGCGCGGCGGCGCGCGCCUGCUGGGGCGGCGGGUCGUUGCUCGCCAGCGCCGGCGCGGACGACUGGGCGCGGGUGUGGGCGCCGGACGGCGCGGGCCUGGCCGCCGUGCCCGCGGCGACGGCGGGCGCCGUCGACACCGCGCUGUCGGCGGCGUUGGUCAGGGAGGACGAUGAGUUGUACAUCGCGUUUGGCACGUUGCAGGCAAAUAUUAGUUGUUUAUAUUUAUGGCUGCAGGGGCAAGUGGCGCUGUGGAGGCUGCCGGCGGGGCUGGAAGGUGCGGGAGACGAGAGCGAAGAGGAGGCGCUCGACGCGCGCUGGUGGGGCGCCGCCGGAGUGCGGCAUUGGCUUCAGGAGCACGUCACUAGAGUUCCUGGGCACCUGUGGGACAGUGAAGCGGAGACGGCGUUGUUGGCGGCGGCGCGCGGCGCAGAGCUCACCGGCGCGCGGCUCCUCGAUGACCUGCUACCAGACUUGAUGCGAGCGCUCGACUACGAUUCAGCGGACUCCGACUUGGACGAGGAUGAAGACUUGGCGCUGGAGUCGGAAGCGGAAGACGAACCCCCGCGCGCCAGGCUUCGUCGCGAACUGCGGUGGUUGAGGCGAGGGCCGCCUGAUCCUGCUGCGGAGGAGUCGGCGCCGCACGCGCUGCUGUGCCCGCUGUCGCACCGCCUGCUGCGGGCGCCGGCGCGCGCGGCCGACGGGCUCACCUACGAGCGCGGAGCCGCGCACGAAUGGUUCCUGGCUGCGGAGGGAGCGGUAUCGAGCGUGUCGGGUCGGCGUCUCGGCAGCGCGCGUUUACUGCCGAACUACGGCGUCCGGCGCACGCUACGUCGGCAUCUCCGCACCGCGCGGGCUAAACCCGACCCCGACCCGGCGCCGGAAAACGUGGAUACGGCAGACUUGCUGGGGCUCGGAGAGUGAUCCUUACCGAAUAUGUCCAGGCCUAGUUAUAUGUAGGUACUUACAUAAUCUUUGAUCUCUCAAUGUCGCGUGGCUGUUCUCAAUGACGCGCUACUAAUGCAACGAUUCCGAAUUUCUCUUCUACUUCAAACGCGUUGUGAUAUAUUUCUGAUUAUUUACUAAUCAAGGUACCUAAUAGUAGAGAUAAAUUAUAUUUAAACGGCGCUCCUCUGCUCAAUACAACUACAGUGGUAUCACAAUCGAAAUGUGGUAAAUUAGAAGAAAACUUGGUAAUUAAAUAACUAGGAAAUUAAGUAACAGCAGAGCUUGAAACUGAUAGCCAAUAAUUGUGUUACCUAUAAGUGGAAACUGUUCUGGCUGUUGUGUCAACUCAAUUUGUUAAACUAUAUGUGUGAUUAUAUGCUGUUUGUUUCCCUUUGCAAUAAAAAUAAAAUAAAAAAAUAAAAUAAGGAUGACUCACGCUAGCACAGUCCGGAUCCGGGCCGAGGCUUUCGACACUUGGUCUUCUAUGACGG